CGAGGCAUCAUUGUCAUGCCGAAGGAGUUCCUCGUGUUCCAGCCGAUGCCGGCGCGAUUCGUGGCCGGCAAAAGCAUUUCGAGGCUACAACCUCACCUCGUGUACAAAAGAUCGGCUUCGUUGCCUGACCAGCUGACGCUGAAAUUGGCCGUUUUCACCGACACCCGGCUAUGGCAGUAUUUUGUCAAAGAGUUCGGCGAGGAAUCAGCCGAAAGUGAGCUUGAGGACUUCGUACUGGCACUGAUCAACAAUGUAAGUUUGCGUUUGUACGAAAAGCCAAAUCCCUUCAAGGUUAAACUUUUAUAUCAGCAACCGAGCAUCACUCCAAAGCUAAACAUAGUGAUCGUCAGGUAUGAGAUGUGGAAGAAUCAACCGGUACAAAUCUACAGCAGCUUCAAGCGCCAUCUGCUGUUGUAUAUAUAUAUAUUUCUCUUUCAGAAAGCGCUAGCUGCAAGCAAACACAAGCAUGGGGAAGCUCAGUUAUAUUUGGAUGCAUUUUGUUCCUACCAGUUUCGCAUGAAUGACGCCUCCGAUAACGGGUGGAAUCAUGCUACGCUACUUACAGGUUACGACAUCUACCAUAUUUCGACCAGCGUCGCCGGAGUGGCUCCUGUUGGCAGGAUGUGUGAUAAAGCAUUCAGUUGUUCUCUGAUCGAAGGCAUGCACCUCGGUCGUUCUUUUGUGCUGGCACAUGAAAUGGGACACAGUCUAGGUAUGGUUCACGACGGUGUGCAAAACCAAUGUUCCAAAACGUGCUGUUUGAUGUCGACUAUCAACGGUGCCGGGAGGACAAAGUGGUCCCCUUGUUCAGUGCGAGAGUAUCAAGCCUUCCUUUUCUCUGUCAAGAAGUCACCGGAAAUCACCGUGGCCAGGUUUUUCAUAGUCAAAGGGGGCAUCAAAUGUCGCAGCGAACGAAAUCUGUCGAUUUGCACCAGGCGAAAGAAUCGAGGAUCUGAGCCAUUUUAA